AUCCACAAUCAGUGGCAGUUAGGACACCGAAAGCAGACACUUCUACUGAUAAACCUUUACUAGAUUGUAUACAAUGAAAUACUCGACAGCAAUUCUUCUGACUUUGUGUUUUAUCAUACUUUGUGAUGGAAAACUUGCAACUGAAUUUCAUGGCUUUCCUGAAGAAAACAUCGAUUUGAAGCAAACUAUUAUAUCAAAGCUCAUCGAAGGAGAUAUAUUGGUAGAACCUCGAGUAAACGGAAAGGUUGUGAUUGGUUCAGAUUUUUCCACACAACUGACCAAUAGGAGACGGGGCUUGACGCUGGGUUCAAUUUGGCCAAACGGAAUUAUUCCAUACGUCAUUCAUCCUGCUCUUUCAAGUUAUAAAAGUUUGAUUGAAAGCUCAAUGAGAGAAUGGGAGAAUGGGACUUGUCUCUCCUUCGUUCCUUAUGAUAAAUCUAAACAUGGAUUGGUUUACUUAGACAUACGCACCAAAAACAACUUUGGGUGUUACACCAAAGUUGGUUAUAAAAGACCAAGAAGACCUGUUCCGUCUCCUCACUUGGUUAACCUAGCUCCCGGAUGUUUUUGGCGACUCAUCAUUCUUCAUGAACUUGGUCACGUUAUUGGAUUUUACCAUGAACAUUCACGACCUGAUCGAGAUGAUCAUGUCAAAAUUCUUUGGGAUAAUAUAAUACCAGGCUACGAAACGGAAUUCAAAAAAUAUCCGAUAAAUUCUCUUGGCCAUCCCUACGAUCUUAAAAGCUUAAUGCAUUAUGGACCAAAAAUGUUCAGCCGUAAUGGAAAAGACACGAUCCAGUCCUUAGAUCCAAGGAACCCUUUGAUAUUGAAUCAGUAUAUUAGCGUUUCUGACAGAGAGCAAGUGAAUGAUCGUUACAACUGUAGAAGGCGCGGAAAAAGAUGGAUACUAUAACAAGCGACAUCACUACAUUGUUAUCUUGACAAUAUCAAUUAAAUAUAUAGCCAAUGAAUAAGAUACUGUAAGCCUCUGACCAUAAGAUACCAGGCUCAUAUACGUAAAUCAUCAACUCCUUGUAUGAAACAUUUAAAAACUGCUGAAGAAAGGUUAUUUUUAGGCUUUUGGUCGGAAGUUUACAGCAUCGAAAAGUUUGAUUUCAUCUAGCUUUCUCACUUAAAUUGUUUAUUUUUAAAACGUGCAUGAAGAAAAAAUACAUUGAUUGAUAACUACGUUGGUUUAUGGUAUGAAUAUCGUCGCUUAAAAAACAUUGAAAACUAUGCUAAAAUGUAAAAAAUUAUGAAUUAUAAACGUAAAAAUGCUAAGUAA